AUGCAAUUCUCCAAAUUAACUACAAUCGCUCUAUUGGCUUUAGUUCAAAAAGUCUUAGCUGACUCUCAAUCUUUCGGUAUCAUUAGUAUCCAUUCUGGUUCUGCUCUACAAUAUGCUUCCUUAUUCUCCAAGGAUGGUACUUUAGUAUUAGGUAGUAACCAAGGUCAAUUCACUAUGAUUGUAACAGAUGACAGUAAAUUGAAACUAUCUGAUAAUACUUUCGCUGUUGUUCAAACUGAUGGUACCAUUAAGGAAGGUUCUGAAUCUGACGCUACUACUGGUUUUGCUAUCACUCAAGGCCGUCUAACUCUAGAUGGUUCUUCUGGUUUCUACGGUAUUGAAGGUACUGGUUCUUACACUCUAUCUACUAAAUCUGCUGAUGGUGCUACUGGUGUCGCUUUAAGAACUGUUGACACCACUUCUCCAACUGGUGCUGUUGUCUCUGAUUUCGCAGGUUCUUCUUCAGGUUCUACUCCAUCUACUUCUGCUCCUGCUCCAGUUUCUUCUACUUCUGUUGCUGUUGUCGCUUCUUCUUCCGUUGCUGCUGCUACUACCACGAAGGCUGCUGCCGUCUCUCAAAUCGGUGACGGUCAAAUCCAAGCUACUACUGCUACAAAGGAAGCUGUUUCUCAAAUUGGUGAUGGUCAAAUUCAAGCUACUACUGCUACUACAAAGGCUGCUGCCGUUUCUCAAAUCGGUGAUGGUCAAAUUCAAGCUACUGCUUCCGUUACUGUUCAAAGUGAAAACAAUGGUGUCAAGAACAUUGGUGGUCUAAGUGCCGGUAUCUUAGCUGCUGUUGCUCUAUUACUAUAA